AAGGUGCCUGCUGGUGGUGAGAACAGAGGAUGAGGCGCUCUCAUUACGGUUAUUGUUCCUAAUGGAAUUCUCCUUUUACGUAAAUGAGAGUAAUUCAAUAGUACUAGUUCUUAGGCAGUGGAGAGGAUUAAAUGAAGCCAUGCAUGUGAGAAAGAAAACUUGAGUGCCUCACUAUCUUGCUUAUCCUCGACUAAACCAACGCUCUGGCACAGCCGGUGAAUUGGCGCUACAGACAGGAAUGAGUUUGUUUGGGAAAAAAGCCCAUUUUCCAGAGGCAGAAACACAUGCAACCAGCCGGCAAGGACUUCGGAGUUCUGACUGCCAGGGACGUGGGGUGCUCAGCGCGCUGGUGGCUGGAACCCAAAUGAUUGACGCUGCAGUUGCCGGCGCCGCCAAGGCUCGCUCGGUUCACUGGCGCACCCCAGUUCCGGAUCCCUGGGUCUAAAGGAAGCACGUGAAGGAGGGACAGCCCAGAAAGGGCUGACCUGAAGAGCCAAGAAGGGAAGAUGGGGUAGGUGGGUUCUGAGUGGACAGCCGGAGAGGAUCGGGAGCGCAGGGCAGUGGCACAGACCUUCAUGAGCCGGUACCAGGUAGCCCUUCUCUGCCUAGGCCUGCUGCUCAUGCUACUGUUGUAUUUGGGGCUGCCAGGCCCACCUGAACAGACCUCCUGGCUCUGGAGAGGCCCCAGUGUCACAGUCCUGGCCGGUCUCACUCGAGGCAACUCCCCCAUCUUUUACCGUGAGGUGCUGCCACUCCACCAGACACACAGGGUGGAGGUAGUGCUGCUCCAUGGAAAGGCAUUUAACUCCCACAUGUGGGAGCAGCUGGGCACACUGCAGCUGCUGUCAAAGAGAGGCUACCGGGCUGUGGCCAUUGAUCUGCCAGGUUUUGGAAAUUCAGCACCUUCGAAGGAGGCAAGUACAGAGGCAGGGCGGGCAGAGCUGCUAGAGUUGGUGUUGCAGAACCUAGAGGUGCAGAAUGCUGUGUUGGUGAGCCCCUCUCUUAGUGGCCGCUAUGCCCUGCCCUUCUUAAUGCGAAGCCACCACCAACUACAUGGAUUUGUGCCCAUCGCACCCACUUCCACCCAGAACUACACCCAGGAACAAUUCUGGGCUGUGAAGACCCCAACUCUUAUCCUGUAUGGAGAACUGGACCACAUCCUGGCCCGAGAGUCUCUGCGGCAGCUCCGCCACCUGCCCAACCACUCUGUGGUGAAGCUACACAACGCAGGCCAUGCCUGCUACCUCCACAAGCCACAAGACUUCCACCUGGCCCUCCUUGCCUUUCUUGACCAUUUGUCUUGAACUAAUUCACUUCCCAGGCCUGAUCCUGAAGGGUCUAGAACCCUUACUCAGCUCCUCCAGGGAGGCGGUCCCUGGCUUGGAUUGGAGGGCAAGAGGGUCAGGUCCAGCCAGGCCUUCUCAUUUCAUUUCACAGACACAAUAAAGAAAAGCCUAUUUGAGUUGC